UUGUUGGCGACUUGUGCCGACACUGCCGACGGCCAAGCUUGUCACGUAUCGCGUCUGAUCCUGCGUUCCCUCCCACGAAUUCUUUCCAUUCCAGACAGUUUUUCUCUGGAAUUUUCGUAUCGCUCUCAAUCUUACAUGACCGUCAUUAGAUUCCAUUCCGUGAACGCCCUUUCACGUGAAAAAUAGAAGGGUCCGUCAUUUCGUGUAACGUACGCCCUUUCGCGAAGACGUAACCUCGCGGCUCGCACGAAGAUUUUUCGAGAAAGACACGUCGUGCUCGAUGUUUCUUUCUCAGGAAUGAAAACAGGGGAAACGCGCAUCUGCGUCAGUAUUUCUUUGACGAAAAGUUCGCAAACAAAGAAGAAAGUACCUGAUAUUGUCACAUAAAAAGCUUGGUGAGAUGGCCAAUAUGAUGACGCAACUUGUCAAUCAGAUCACCAAUUUUCUGGACGAGUGUAACACCGAGAAAGCUAUAGAGCUUUUAAAGGCGGAUUCCUCGGUCACUGAAGAAGGCUUGGGCCGUAUUAUGUCUGUCAUUGUCUUGAAUCUCACGAGCUCUGUAUUACAACACAAGAAAGCAGCGUUUGAAUGCUCUUCAAACGUAUUGAUGUUCAUAGCUGAGAAUUGUGAUCCCAAGAUAACCAUACUGGAGUUCCUAAACCAUGUACCGCACACGAGCGACCAUGUGAAUUUCUGUGCUAUUUUGAAUACAAUGCGUUCUUGCAUAAUGAGGAUAGAGAACAAGGGCAAAGUCAUCGAUUGGUGCUUGCAGCGAUUUCAGAUGUAUAUCUUGAAUCUAUCACUGCCAGAUAAAGUUGAUGAUCCGGAAGCAGCUAGUGAUGGAAUUAUACAUACAUAUAAAGCAGUCAUAGUGUUCCUAGAGCCGUUGGUGGAAGAGGCGAUAGAUAUAAACUCUAAGCAGGAGGAAGGAUCUGUAUUGGGGGACUACCUCUUGAGCUUUUUUAUUUUUCUGUGCGGGAAACCCUUCUGCUGCUUGAACAAAUACAUCGGUGAAGAACCUGUCUAUGAAGAACUCGUGGAUAAUAUAGUGACACAAGCACUUCGCCUCACCGGAGAUAUAUUAUAUUCCUUGGAUACUGUUAGCCAACGUAAAAGACGACCUACCUACUUCAAAGCGCAAUGCCGCGCAGUGCCGCAUGAUCAGAUCUGGACUCUUAACAUAUCGAAUAUGGCCUACGCCAAUUUUUACUUUUAUGUUAUUACCAAAGAAAACUAUUGGGUAAAUGUACCGCAAGUAUAUAAUUCUUAUUACAUCCUUGAAAUGUGUGCAUAUUUUUUCGAAAAAUUGCUUAGCAAAGAUUGUUCAAUCCCCAAUGGAUUAAUUUUCAUGGAACACGUUAUAAAACGCAUUUCACCUCAUUCUGUAGAUUCUAAGGUGUUGGAAUUAGAUAUAUAUACAGAAUUGUUUCAACCAAUCACUAAAGUGAUGAUUUACUCUAAUAAUGAUGAGCAACGGAAGAAGGCAGCACGCGUUUUUCAAGAAUAUAUAGAGAUAUUUAACAUGGAAGCUAGAUAUACUAUUAUUUUGCAUUUGUACGAGAUUGUUGAACAUUCUGGCCUGCUGAGUUUCAUCACUGGCAUCUUUAAAUCUUCUAUCAUUCAAUGUCUCGAUUCAACUCCACGAAAUCCCCAAUUUCUCGGAAGAAAUAUGGAAUUGUUAUUGAAGAAGGUUUGCAAUCUGCCACAUGGAAGUUCGUCUGAUAUGGUGGAAAUGUCAGACGAAAUCAUCACUGCGCUGAACUUGCUGAGAUUUUUAUUUAUCAGAGAUAAGAACAAUGAGACGGGUAUUUGGAAUAUGGUAGAUAUGCUAAAAAAUGAUUAUCUAAAUCCGUUGAGAAAAGGGAUAGAUUUAUGCAAAGCACAUUGGAGAGUGAAGACAAAAGAUUUGGAGCAACAGAAAAAGGAUUUAGUUAAAGAAGAAGAUUAUAGCAAGCUAAUGAAGGCUAACAUGGAAAUUACACUGACCGUUGGCAGUGAACAAUUACCAGCUAUGUCACUCUCUCAAAAAACUUGCAUUUGUUAUCAAGUGCUAAAUGGUUUAGAUGUAAUGGAAAGCAUCCUUAUACGAGUUAAUGAAUGCAUAAAUAUGAAUGAAAAUUUUACGCAAAAGUCUGAUGAAUGUACUGAGUAGAAAUAAAAUCAACUAUGAAAAUGAAACUAUGAAACAUAUUACUAUAAAAUUGUAAUUGUUUAAGAUUUAAUAAAAAAAUUUUCUAAAUUGUA